AUGCUCUGCCGCAGUCACCUGCGCCGCACGUACGAGCACGACGACGACGACGGCGUUGCAGUGGACGGUCCGCGCAUCUCGGCGUGGCUGCAAGUCCACGGAACCGGAGAGCUGCCGUCGCUCUGUAUGCCUCAUCUCUUUGCUUAUGCAAUCACGUGCGGCGACGCCAGCGCUCUCCAGUGGCUCGCGGAUGCAGGUCUCUUGAUGUGGGCGAAAGGCGGUCUCGUGCUCGACGCCCGCGAUUGCAAGGCGUGUCCGCGUGCGAUCAAGGACCUCGGUCCCGCAAUGAAGAUGCGCAGCUCCAACAACAUCGUCCGCGCAGCAACCAAGGGCCAUGUCGACGCUUUGGCCUUUCUUAUCGGCAUUGGCUUUGCCGCGGACGACGACAUUUGGGCGGCAGUCUGCACGGGCGGUCACUGGGACGUCGCUGCGUUCGUCGUGGCGCACGGCCUUGGAGUCUGGGACGAUGCGUACAUCAACAUCACUGCCAAGAACGGUCAUUUUGAUCUGUUGCAGUACCUUCUCGGUCUCGGCUACACUGGCGCCAACCACGAGACGCUCGCUUUGGGCAUCGAGCACGACCAGUUGACGACCGUGCAAGACCUUCUCUUGCAUCGCCGCACCACUCUGCUUUCGGUUGAAAAUGCGCUGAAGGACCCGGUGGUCUAUCGGCGUGUCGGCAUUCUUCGGUGGCUCUGCCAGCAGCUCGAGGCGCGGGCGUGCUUGGCCGCAGCGAAGGCGAUGGCACUGUACUACUGCGCGCCUGCCGCGCUUCGGUGCAUUAACGACGCAAUGGCCCGGCAGUCGACCGAGCGGUGCUUGCGGUCGGUGCUCCUCUCGAAAGCCCUCUUGACGUUCAUUGGGUCGUAUCAAGCCGGAUGCGACGGCAGUACGGUCGCCUUGCACGCCAUCUGCAAGGACCUUCCUCUCUACUCCAGCGACGGCCUCGGAGUGCCCGCGACUAGCGACUUUGCUUCGUACCUCGCGCACUUCACACUCUGGCGGGCUCGACAUGGCCUCUCGCAGCUCCGUGAUCUCUGUGACCAGCUGGACCACUGCAAGGUCGCGUACUGUGGCGUCGUCGAGCACGCUGCCGAGUCGGGUCACGUCGGUCUCGUCGCUAUGCUGCGGGACGCGGGCUUUAGCAUGGACAGCGUGUGGUACCGUGCUUGCUUAUUUGGCCAUUUGAACAUUGCGCAGUUUGCCCACGAGCACCAACUUGCAGGAUGGGGACGUAACUUUAUUUACACGACGGCGGCGAAUGGCCACCUCGACGUGAUCCGGUUCUUUCACGAGCACAACUACGAUGGCUUCAGCGAUCACACGAUCCGUGGGGCCGUGUACAGCAGCAACACGGACCUCGUUCAGUUUCUCUUGACGCAUCGAGCGAACGACAGCACGCUGCGUACGGCAAUGAAUAUGGCCGCAGAGACCGACAAGCUCGAGAUCGUCAUGUUGUUGUGCGACCAACCAAACGCGUCGCAGUGGGUGGACGAGGCCUUGCGAGGUGCUUACGUGACUCGCAGCCACCGCUGCGUUGCCCACCUCAAAAGCCUACCCGGCGAGUCGACGGCCACCAUCCACCUCUUUGAACGCGCUUUCAAACGCAAGGCAGUUGAGAUGGCGUGA